CUAAAGAAGAAAAAUAAAUAAAGAAACAUUUUAUCAAAUUUGUUUUUUUUAAACAGGUCAAAUGAGGGUGAAGAUGAUUCCAAGUCCUUCAGAGAAAGUAAACGUACGUGAUUUGUAUUAAGAAUAAAUAUUGAUGUAUGAAUUAAUAACAUUUUAUCAGGAGAUAAAUAUGGUAUUUUAUGGAUGAAAGUUUGAACGAACGGAUAAAUAGGUUACGACAAAAAAGUCGAGCUCUGUUAGCACAAGCAGAUUGGAAUUCUAAAAAAGUUAAGGAACUUAGAAGACUAUAUUCGCAAAGCUUGACACCGAAUGAAAGUUAUAAAAAUGAAGUGAGUGAAUCCUUACCCUGUAAAAGAAAUAUUAAGUCAUGGAAACUAAGAAAUGAUUCCAGAGGAGUUGGUGGAGCUUUAUGUUCAGACUACUUCUGUAAGAGCCCAAGACCUGUAUCAAUGCCUAAUAUAAAGUCAACUAAAAGAGUAUUAACAUCUACAAAGAAACAUUCAGAAAAUCAGUGCUGCUCAGAGAAUGUUAUCAGAAAACCAGUUAAAGGUUGUUACUGCAAUACUAAUACUAGAAAAGUUCUGAGAUCAGGCAAAACUCAACAUAAGCAACAUUCUCCUUGCAAGCGCUGUAAAAGUCACGCUUAUACCAGUGCAGUGGUUGUAGAAGACAAUGAGAAACAACUCUUAACUUCUCCAAUAAGCUGUGAAACUUUGAGAAGGUUACAGAAGAUAGACUAUGCACCUAGAUCUCAAUUCCUACGCAAUGUUCAGAGCAAAGUCUCUCUCCUACAAACAAAUGCGAAAGGGGAUUGUCCAGAAACGUGUUCCAGAUCACAAUGCUAUCAUGAAUUCAUGUCUAGAAGAAACAAGUACGAUACUGAUGCCAAACAUACAUUUAAUCAGAAAUCUGAAAGAAGUGAUCACUUGACAAAACAUGAAUCUAAAAUGCCUGUAACUGUAGAAUCUAGUAAAGAUAAGACCUCUGAAGUUAAGAAUGUAGAUAAGUCUAGCAUAGGAGUUCAAGUGUCUUUGAAGAAGCAAUCUAAACCGAAAAUUGUGAUCAAAAGAACACUUUCCUCUAAGAAAUCUGUACCUGAUUUACAAAAGUCAAGUCAAUCCACUAAAAGGUCACCCAAGGAUUGCCCAUGUUGCCAUAAUAAAUCAAAAUAUUCUAAAUCUGUAGAAGAUACUGCUUCAGAUUACCAACCUACAAUCUGCAUAAAUAAAGACCCUGAUACUUCUCCUUCCGAUGAAGAAGUUAGGGAACUAAGAAAAUUUCGUGAACAGAACUACUUUGACACCCACGGAUCCAAUCAUACUUUAUCAUCUAAGUCCUCUGGGUCUCUAGAACAAUAUUUCUUGAACGAUAGACUGUUUCCUGAACCCGCAAGGAAGGUUCACAGGAAAGAUCUAGUUGUAACGAUGCCAGCUUGCGCCACCGUGCAACGAAAACGCGUGCACUAUUUCCCUCGCUUUGUCGUUCGUCAAGAGAAGAGCGCCAACUGCAAGAAGAAGCGUUUCCACUCUUGCCCUUUGACUGGUCACGCCAUUGAUCUUGGAGUCACAAAAAUUAGGCCUCCUAUGAAUAGUUUAGCCCUUAAAUAUCAGAAGCGGCUGCCUUGAUCUUUUAUAUUUAACAUUAAAAACUGAUCAUGUAGCACUAAAAUUUUGUAUAGACUUUUGUAUAUUGUGAUAAUAAAAUGCUGUGGCCAUUGAA